GCUAACUUGCAACAACAAAAUAUUUACAACUUGCAUAAUUCAUGACUAAUUUAACUGUUGUUCUAGCUAAAUAUUUCAUCAACCGCACAAUUCUGACGCAAUCGAAAAUGCAGCCGCACUCACCCCCCACCAAUCACUUGCGCUACACCGCCUUGUUACUCAUCAUUUGUGGCACACCUGUCGCCUUGGCCGCCAACGCCGACGCUGCCAAGCCCAACUGCGGCGCCAGCACUGCUGCCAAGCACAUCCAACUGUUGCAACCGUCGAGUCCACCACUCAAAUGCAUCUAUCACAUAAACACCUACAGCCGACAAGUGUGCCAGCUACGCAUCGAUUUUUCGAUGACCCUCGCCCAGCCCAGCAUACCCGAUGCGCAGAACGGCUUGUGGUAUGUGCAAUGUGUGAACGAUUAUUUCGCGGUUAAUAGCUUGAGACUUUGCGGCUCGGAAACGGCGCAACACAUUUAUGUACCACUCAAUGGCACCGCCGGCGCGCAGAGUGUCGAACUGAGCAUUAUUUUGGCGGCACGCGCUGGCCGUAAUGGACAUUUACCCAUACCGCGCUGGAAUAUGGUCGUGACACAACUGGAGUGUCUGCCGAGUGCGGCGCUGCGUAGUACACUGGAUUUGGCACAGCAGGAAGACGAUGAGCAAGGCCAUGUAGACAUGCAACUGAUGGCAGGAGCGCCGCAGGAGAAUAUGGAGAUUGAGAAAACUGUGCGCUCUAUAGUACCACACGCCAACUUCAGUGAUAGUUCUCUCAUUGCACCAACGGGUUGUUUGCAAUAUUUCCCACAGCCCACAGGCACUAUUACCUCGUUCAAUUAUAACGGUGGUGGUGGCAUUUAUAUGGGCAACUUGAAUUAUGCGAUCUGCUUCCGUCGCCCACAAUCGACCAAACUACUUGAACUCAAGGUACGCUACUUCAAACUGGGUGCCGAAUAUAGCCACCAGAAAUUUCAGGAACUGGACAAUUAUUGCCGACCACAGUUGCACAGCGAGGGUUUAAGUGAAGACUAUUUGUUGAUACCGCAGGCCACUAUCGAGGACAGCAACAUACGCGCCACACAUUUCUGUGGCAGUAGCAUACAGGGUGACACUGUUACGAGCACCAACCCAGGCCCUUUGAUGCUGAUUUUCAACAGCGAUGGCAACUACAAAGCCGGACGGGAAGUUGGCUUCGCUUUAAGCUACAGGGUAGUGUAGAUGUACAGACUAAAAUUGCUAAGCAGCUUGCACGCAAAAAGCUCAAUAAAGCACUCCCAGUUGCCGCUUGAAAUUUCGUGAAACUUAACUUAAGUUGCUCAAAAGCUUUAGGUAACUUAAAUGUGUCACGAAUGGUAAACUUUUUAGGAUAUUAAAGCUAUCAUAGCCCCGGGGUGUGCAACUAUGGUAAGAGGAAGAAAGUGGUGCAUGUAAAUGUACUAAUACAGGGUAGGCCAUAUAGCGUUUGCUUUUUGAACCACCUAUUUUUUUGAGAAUGGUAACACAAAUGACAUGUCAAAUGUGUUUAUAAUUUACUUAAAGGUUUGACAUUUACAAAAUGGGACGCUAUACGCCUGAGCAAAAUUGGGAAAUAUUGAAAACCUAUUUCCAAAGUGGUGAGUCUUCUUCUUCUUUUCUGGUUUUCGGUGGCUAUGUCAAUAAGCAAAAUUGU